GUAGCCAGCGCAGUCUUUGCAUGUGCGCGAAGAGCCACAAUCGAGUUCAUGAAUAGUUAGAUAUUUUCGGCGAUCAGUUAAUUAGGGGGGAAAAUCGCGAAUUUUUCGUAUGUGACGCUUUCAAUAUUUCGAACGGUGUGGGUGAAAAUUUAAGGUUUUUACGUUACAUAUCGGAUGGAAAUUUGGUCAGCGGUAAAGUGGGUUAGUGCCAUUUGCAAUCUCAGUAGUAAGUCAGCAAUACCGAACUCCUUCGAACCCGCUUGAGACUAAUCAAACACUGCAUGUAAUGCAAUCACGCACAGACAAUAAGGCACUAUGAGGCAAUCAAAAUUUAGCAAAACUAAUUAAAUAAGAACGCUAAGUGAACCUUCGAUAACACGUACAUAUCAGAAAAUGAUAAUAAAUAUCUCUUUAAAACGUUUAGAGUGCGCUUAGUUCGCGGUUUCUUUUAACGUCGCGUCGGUUGCAAAAAGUUCAUCAAUGCCGGCUACAACCAUGUUUGCCAAAUUUAAAAGUAGUAGCGGUCCACCGCAAAGUCCUCUAGAUAACAAUCCCAUUGGACAGUUUUUCGAAAUUGGAAAGCAAGUCGCCAGUGCCGGACCCGAGCUCAUUUGGAAAAUUCACGACGCCUACAGGAAGAGCGACGGAAAGGAAUGUUCAAUUUUCUUGUUUGAGAAACGAAGCGCCGAAAAACUACAUAAGCCGAAACGCAAGGAAACGGUGACGGAAAUCCUGCGAAGCUCAGUGAGACAGCUCGAAAGAUUUAGACAUCCGAAAAUACUUCACGUGUUGCAUCCGAUUGAGGAAUGCUCGGAGACGCUGGCGUUCGCAUCGGAACCUGUGUUUGCGAGUCUCGCAAACAUAUUAGCCUUUCAAGAGACUUCUGGAAAUCAGGGUUCAACAUUACCAUCCGGUGCUUCGCAACAGCCGACCGUGCAAAGGCCGGCGCACGCUAGGGAGUACCAAUUUUUGGAUAUAGAAUAUAAAUAUGGAAUUUUACAGAUAACCGAGGCGUUAUCGUUUUUACAUUACUCGGGACAUGUACUGCACAGAAACGUAUGCCCUGCGAGUAUCCUCGUUACUAAAAAGGGAACGUGGAAGCUUGCGGGAUUAGAGUUCACAGAUCGAGUAAACGACAUUGACGGCGUCGAACCAAUUCCCUGUCAGCCUUGGACUUCGAGACUCUCAAAAAUGGCGCAGCCUAAUUUAGAUUACACAGCUCCGGAAACGCAAACUCAAUCGAUAUGCAGUAUACUGAGUGACAUGUUUUCUUUGGGGAUGGUUGUGUGUGCAAUAUUUAAUCAAGGGCGCCCUUUAAUUCAGGCUGGAAACUCGAGUUCCGCAUAUCUUAAACAGCUUGAAGUGUUAGAAGACCAAGUCCACAAUAUUCUUCCUCGAAUUCCUCUUCCUUUGCAAGAGGCCGCCGUACGCUUAUUAAGUAAGGAUACAAGACAACGCCCCACCGCUCAAUUAUUAUCUCUAAUUAAGUAUUUCAGUGAUUCGGCUGUACACGCACUGCAGUUCCUCGACGUUAUAAAUAUGAAGGAUCCCACGCAAAAAUCGCAUUUUUAUCGCAAUACGUUAAAGGAGGCUUUACCUUUCAUACCAAAGAAACUAUGGUAUCAACACGUGUGGCCUAGUUUACAGCAGGAGAUGCGGACGCAAGAAGUUUUAGCCGCAGUUUUGCAACCAAUUUUAUAUUUAAUACAGGAAUCAACAAUAGAAGAAUACGAGUCCAUCAUCCUUCCGUCCUUUAGGAGCGUAUUUUCGACUCCGAAAUCAAUUCAAGCAACGGUUACCUUGUUAGAAAAUUUACACGUUAUUCUCGAGAAAACUCCACGUGACGAUAUACGUACUGAAGUUUUGCCUAUGCUGUAUAAUGCGUUCGAAAGCAGCACAAUACAAGUUCAGAGUGCAGCACUAGUCGCAGUUACAAACGUCUCCGAGUACCUGGACGAAAUGUCGGUGCGGCGUAUGGUUCUUCCAAAAACGAAAAUGGUAUACGAAAAAAAUCAAAACGAUUUAAAAAUUGUAUCGAACGUGCUCUCCUGCGUGGAAAAGACACUAGAUCGAUUCGACAAAAGUCAAAUUAUCGACGAGGUGCUACCGUUACUUUACGACGUGCGCUUAUCGGACCCGCAAAUUAUUCUUCGUGUAGUUAAUAUUUACAGGCUCAUGCUUAGCGAUAAAAAAUAUGGGCUUUCGAUAAAUUUAAUGGCGACGAAGGUAAUGCCAUCGUUACUGCCACAAACAGUAAAUCCCUCAUUGAAUUUAGAUCAAUUUACGACUUUAUUAGAAGUGCUUCAAGAAAUGUUAGAUCAGAUAGAUAGGAAUCAGCGUAACAAAUUAAAAUUGGAUAACUUAUCGUUACCCAGCCCGGAAAGGCAUCGGCCCUUAAGGCACCAGUAUAGUUCGGAUAAUAUGCACGUUCCGCCGUUCAACAUACCAAAUUUACGAAUAGAGCAGCGGAAAACGUCUAGCGCGGAGGAUAUGGCCAGAAAGAAUUCGACAGGUGGUAUGUUGGGCGGGUGGUGGUUCGGAGGUUCACCUUCGUCGCCCGACAGCAACUUCCUGCGGGUAGUGAAUGCGUUCCCCAACCGCAGACUAUCGGAUAAUACGCUCAUGACACCAAAAAUUCGCAUCGCUCCGUCUUGCGCUUCGUCGCCGGGCGGCACUCCGGGCGGUGGAUUACCUAUUCGGCGCCAUUCCAGUAUUGGACCACAGGAGCGGAGAGGUUCAACAGUAAACCUCUCUCCUCCAACGGGCGCGAUAGGCUACAGCUCUGUGUCCCGAGGGGGCUCGAGCCUGUCUGUGCCGUCUACAUAUGUAAGUGCAGAGGGAGGUUCGAUGCCGAACACCAGCAGCAGCGUGCCAUAUCUACUUAGUAGUAGCAUGCAGAGCAUCAGAUCACGUAGGCCUUCCGCCGUCUUUGGCGGGUCGCAAGGAUCAGGUCUACUACAGCAACUGGGCUCCGGCAUGUACAACCUAUUUUCCGGCCGCCAAUAAGAAUCACCAUGAUGAUGAUUUGAGUUCAUUCGUUUAUCAUGAUUUACGUAUAUUUCAUUUUGUGGAUAUACAGAGGAAGAUCGGAAGCGGCUUAUCGAGCGACAAUCACAGGCGACAGCACACAAUGCGAGGCCCUAUCAAUCACUGUUACGUGUGUUCAUUCGCAGUGUUUUCCUCUCAAUUAUGCGAUCCCUAGGGGUUGAUAAGACAAUGUUAACUAUCAUACAAUCCUGAAAAGAUGUGCCCUAAUUACAUACAAAGCUAUCCCUUGACAAUCGUUUACACACUAAUAAUAAAUUUACAUGCCACCUACUUUUUAACACAUUGUGUCUAAAAUACUUAAUGCAUGCAAUCUUAUAUGUCAAUCUAAAAUAAUUCAAAUGUUUAUAAAUUGCGACAACUUACAUCCAAGUCGAAUUUAGAAUUUUCAUGUGUACGUAAAGACUUAUUGCCACCCUUUUCAAUCAAGAUUACUAUACUGUGAUUCGUGUGUAAGAACUUUUAACUAAAAUUGGUUGUGCUCAACGUAUAAUGUGAAAGAAAAAAAACGUAAUUUUUUAUUCGCCGUUUCUUCACAGUUUCGCCUUGGAAUAUGAGGAAUACGAUAACCGCGUGGAUCUUUGAAACCGCAACGGUUUUUUUUGGCACUUUGACCGCGCGUUGUUUGGCAACCGCAGGCGGGACCAAACAAGACGUCAGGUGACAAAAAACCUUUGUCAGUUUCGAAAUUUACUUUUCUCCAGCUAGUUAAACCUUAGAUCAUUUUUUGAGUAAACAGCUACUAACUAGAAUUAUACAAAACUUAGCUUCCAGUUCUUUAGUUAUGGCACAGAUUUUAUCUGUGGUUAUGGUGACGUUCGUUUGAGUAGGAAUAGAGUCAGAGCAACAUCAUUUUAUCCUCCUUCUCUUGGUCACGCUAAUUUUUGUUUAUUAAGUAACAUAAAUACAGAGUGGCCCAACGAAAAGUACACAGAGG